CAUAAACUACACCUUGCUGCAAGAUGAUGAUCAACUCCGCUGAAGAAGCGAACGCGAGACUGCCAAUCCUUAAUUUUCAUAGACAAAUUGGGCAAAACAGAAGUCGACUUUUCGAGAUCUAAUGCGAAAGACAUGAAUAUCGCACCGGCAUGGAAACACUUUCACAAAUUGAGGCCUGGACUGGGCUAUGAUAUACCGUUUAAGACUCGCGCACUGUAUAGAUGCCUUUUACGAGAAUCUGCAAAGUUCGAAGAACAAGAAGUACGAAUGUUUUUACGCAAUACCAUUUCUGAAAGAUUUCACUACCACCACCGUGAGACAUCGAUUGAUCGUUCCUUGAAGGCUAUACAUGAAGCUGAGAAAUCUUUGAUUAUUAUUCGCGAAGCUUUGGCUGGAGACUCUCGUUAUUACAAUAAACUUGUAGAUCUGGGUAUGGGACGCAUUGGCCCUCUGGCCUUUGUUAGAAACAAAAUCAAACGAAUAAGCAAUGUAUGUUUUGCAAUGGUACUGUGAUCGUUUCUGAAAUUUUCAUACUUAAAUACAACACAUAUAGCCAUCUAAGCGAUAUGCAGCUUCAUUGGAUAUACGGCCGCAAUCGGGAAAACAUCGCGACUCCGCAACCCGCUUCCCUAUGCCAAGUCACGUUAUGGAUAUCACGCCUCCCAAACCAAAGCAACUGAAGGCAGCAAAAAUCCGACCUCGCAAACCGUUU